GAAAUUAAUUGAAUAGCUGAAGCCGGCGCAGCCCAACGGGUUGUGUUCCAAAAUCGGGAGAUCCCAUCUCUGUUUCCUGCAUCGCGACGUUGGCCUGGAAAAGAGAACGGCUUCGUCUCUCUCUAAGUUAGGGCACAAAUCCGAUACGGAUAAAGGUGAUGGAGUUGGCGGACAAGGCGGUAGGGUUCUUGCUAUCAGCCAUCAGCCUGUCGAUAUUCACUUAUUAUACGUUCUGGGUCAUCGUUCUGCCGUUUGUGGAGAGCGAUCACUUUAUACACCGAUACUUCUUGCCCCAAGAAUAUGCCAUCCUGAUACCCGUGUUUGCCGGGAUCGCGCUUCUCAGCUUCUUGAGCGUGUUUGUUGGGUAUGUCAUGCUCAAAUCGAAGAAGAAAUCCGCUUGAUUUAUGCUCCUUGUUUUUAGCUUUCAUCGUUUGUAGAGUCGAAUGCUAUUUAAAUCGGAAAUUCGGUUGGUGAGGUUAAGGAUCUUGAUUUUUCUUCUUCUUUUUUUAAAAAUUUUCUAACAUGGUGUUACAUUUUUAAAAUUGCAUCAUUUUAUUCCACAACUCUUAUUUACUUGAUGGUGAAUGGACAUCACAGGCAUGAUCUAA